AGAAUAAGGAAUUAAUCCUUACCAUAGGAUCUGAAUAAAUUAAUGGUCCAGAUUAGCACUAAUUACUAAUUAAUCUACAUUAUUUUUUUUACUGAAUACCUUUAAAAAUUAUAUAUAAAAUCGUUGGGGGUAUGUUAGACAUUUUGUCUAUUCAGAAAACUGUCAUUCCUAAAUUAACUCCAGUAAAUUAGGACAUUUACUUUCACCCCCACUUUCAUCCACCAAACCAUCUUCCCCCCACUUUCGUCUGCCAAACCCUAGAGGCGACGGCGAUUCUAGUAAACCAGACGGCGCUCCAUCUAUAGCAGACGACGCUUCUGUUUUCGCCGGCGAAAAUCGAGGACAAUGACUAAAAAGGGAAAGAAGAUAGCAGAUGUUGGCGAGCCAUCUUCAAGUAAAAGCAGAGUUAAACACAAGAAGACUAAAAGGGUAAAAGCAACUGAAGAAGGUGAAACCUCAAGCAAAACUGAUACAAGGCUUAAGACAAAGACGAGACCUUUAAAAACAGCAAAAAGGAUAAUAACUACAGAGGAGCAGGCAGAGAGAAUUAGGGUGCAAAGACGGAGGAAUUUUAACAAGAACAAAGAUGUUACCUGUAAACGUCGAGGUGAUGUAAAAAGCGAGCUGGAAGGAGCACCUACAAAGUUUCCAUCGCUAAAUACUCGAACAACACCAUCAUCCUUGUUUGAUGAGCUGCCAAAAUUGAAUGAUGCCCAGAGACAAGCCAUUCAGGAUAUUGGAUUUGGAAGUGUAUUGAGUUUGCAGGUGAAAAAGUUGCCUUGCAGACUUGCCUAUUGGAUUUUGGAACAUUUUGAUGAGAACAGAUGUGAGCUGGAGCUUGAAGGAGGAAUCAGGGUUAAAAUCACCGAAGAUGACGUUUAUAGGGUUUAUGGAUUCCCAAAGGGGAGUGAGAUAAUACCGGAUUUUAAUCGUUGUUCAAAUACUGCAUUAUGUGAAGAAUGGGUGGCGUUUUUCGGGCUUGCUAAUCGUGAGAAGAUAAAGAUUGGCCACGUCUUGAGUGAAAUGCUGGACUGUACGACAGGUGGAACAUGGUUCAAGCGCCAUUUUAUGAUAGCAAUGACGCAUUCACUGAUACAAAGUUGUACAAGUGGAACGGUUUAUCCUCACAUCCUGAGGUGUUUGGAGAAUGUGAGAACGCUAAAGAAAUGGAAUUGGGGGGAAUAUGUUCUCAGGAGUCUCGUUGAUCAUAAGCUGUCAUGGGUCGGUGAUGAAGAUAAGGUCUUUUCUGGGCCAACGCUAUUCCUCGUGCUAUUUUACGUUGAUAGAUGUGAGCUGCAUCGAAAGAGAGUGGAAAGAGAGUUCCCUAUUAUAAAGAAUUGGACUAGCGCAGCGUUGAGGAAGCGUCAGGCAACUGAGGAGAAUAUCAGAAAGUUUGGGACUGGUUCAUGGCGUGAACCCAUUGUCCUCCCAGCCGAGUAUGUAGAUAAUGAACAACCCGAUGGAGAUUCCAACGACAAAGAUGAUCGUCUGGGAUCGAGAAUCAUGAAGAUGGCGGUGUCCAUAAGUGCACAACUGGAAGACUUGAGAGACUUGAUAUACAGUGCAUCUGUCGUGGACAAGGAGUCAAGUUACUUUCUUCAAUGCGUGGAUGCGGCAAUUAAGAUUACAGGUGUGAAGGUGGAUAUGGAUGGCCCACGACCAUGGCGUCGCCCUGAGGGUAUGGAGAUUGAUGACGAUCCCUUAUCUUAUUCAGAUGAGCUGCGUGCGUCGGUUGAUGCAGCAUGUGCUAAUGUGCAAAAUGAAAAGGUGAGGGAGAGGGUAUCGACAGAAGGAAUACCUAGUUUCGACCUCGAUAUGGGAACUCAGGACGAGGUUCCUAUUGAGAAAGAUCCCGUCGAACAUGUUCCCAACAAGGAGGGUGCUACUAUGGUCGAGGAUAGCUUUGCCAAGGAAUCUGCAGUGUUUGAAGCUACAAUCUAUAAGGAGCAAUCGAAAGAAUAUGGCAUGGUCGAUGAUAGUGUAGCACACGAAGCAGGGAAUGGUGAACUGAUUGAAGAAAGAGCCCAACAGGAACCAUUAAAAGAAUCUGCCAUGGUCGAGGAUAGUGCAGCACAUGAGACGGGGACUGUUGUACUGGGAAAGUCUGUUGACGGUAUAGAGCAACCGUCCAAAGAAGCAACUGAAGAAGGAUUUAUGGGAAAGGGAGCCAUGGAUGCAGUUCAGAGUAAAGGUGGCUGUGUUGUCAAAAAAGUGGUUGCUAGAAAGGCAGACAUUGGAAAGGUGAAUGAGGUUGCCAAGACUCCACCCCGUAGGUCAACAAGGGUUGGAGGUGCAGCCCGUGGAAAAGGUUCAGACAACAUUGAUAAACAGUUGGAGGUGCUGAAAAAAACAUAUGUUAGGAAAAAUGUGAAGAAGUAGUUCAAUAUGGUUGUAACUUAAUUUAUAUUUUGCGAUAAAC